ACUUUCCUUUUCCGAAACAGCAUUGAUUUCAGCUGGUGGUGUUCGUCUAAGUAGUAGAAGCAGGUCGAGAUAAUGGGUGAGAGCGUUGAGGCUGGUCCAUCUGUUCCCGACUAUCCAGUAGGUGUUUCGGCUUUUCUUUUUGAAAAGAAGGUGCAAAAGCACUAGAGAGAUGAUGGACAUAAUUGGAGAAAGAAAAAGGAUGAGAAAAUAUUAUUGGAAGGUCAUCAGACGCUCAAGGUCAAAGGCUAUGGUAAUUUGAAUUGCUACUAUGCCCGAGGGGAGGAGAAUAGAAAUUUUCUAAGACGUUGUUAUUGGAUGCCUAAAAGUGCUAUGUCUGUGAGCUUUUUGACAUCAGUUCAUUAACCGAGUUACCUUGGAUGGGAGAAGUUUCAGCACUUCUAACAUUGCCACCAGGUGUUGAGUACAACUCCACAGAUAUGAAGCUUUCUUAUCCAACCUUCGUGAGAUCUGCUUGUGACAAAAAUAAGCCUGUCGGCGCUCAACAACACAUUUCAUUUCUGCUUGCACUAAUUUGUAAGUAUAUGGUUUGUUUGCUGGAAAGGGUCCCACUAAAGAAUUUAUUCCAUUAGCCGCUGCAUUAGUACACGGUAGGUGUUUUGCUUUGGAUCCUUUUUUGCUUGCUUAUCUGUAUAGAAGCUGCCAGGAUGUCACUGCCUAUCCUCUAGGUCAUGAUUUACUUACCUACGGCUUCAUGUUCAGAGAUGCCGCAGAAAACAAGAAAAGUUUUGAUGAGUGUUUCAGGUUUUUUGCUUCCCUUCCAAUCAAUCGACCUGAUGCAGAUUUCACUGUCUUUCUCAACAGAUCUCACGGCCCUUCAUGGUACAAGGCCGAUUUCUAGUCUCCAGAUUUCAGAGCAUUCUGGUUCGUCUGUGUGAUUUCAAGGGAUUUGUUUGUAGGUUGCAAUCUGACAGUUCUCAAUUCCAGAUGUGGGAUGGAAUUAUAUGCGCCAAACCAAUUCUGUCGGCAGCUUGGAUACUGCCAAGACAUUCCAUUCCUGCCGUUGUUUUCUUUCAACCACAGUUACCCUCUCUGGUUUGUGAUAGGAGAACCAGAUACCUUAACCUCCACUCUUGCCAAAAUCACCCAAAUCUUACAAACCAUGAUUCUGCCAGAUCCUUCAUUCCAACCGAACUGCACUUCCUCUUAUAAAACUUGGUGGCAAGGAUACUUUCAACCUCAGUUUCUAGGAGUUUUAGAUAACAUCUCUGCUCUAGUCCCUCCGCCACUCACUAAGAAAUCUGAAGAAAAGAGUGUUGCAGAGGAAAGUGGUGAUUUGGAAUCUGCCUUAACCAUCCAUCCUAAAAAACCAAAUCUGCCAAGGAGUACUUCCAGAAUUCCAACCAAGAGGAAGAUUACCAUUUCUGCCGAUUCUUCAGAGGAGUAUACCCCCUCCAAGCAGCAAAGAACUGGAGGAAUCAAGAGGUCAGCAGUGAAACUUGCAGCUGCCAAGAAGCUCAUCGAAUUUGCCUUUCCAUUAGAAUCCACUUCUGCCACGGAAACCCAGAUUUAACCUAACAAAACAGAAGAUGUCUCUCCCAAGCCAGAUCAUGUUGAAGAAAAAAUUAUUGCAAGUGAUGAAGGUGAUUCUGCCCUCUUCCAUACAAAAUCUGGCAAUGGUUCUUCACCAGCCACAAAGGUUAGGAGCUCUAGAUUCUCUUUGCGCAUAGCUAAUAAAAGCUUUAAAAUAGU